AGACCCUCCCACCGGUGAGUGGGUGAAAGGCUCGGUGCUGUGAAUUUGCAGCACCGGCCGCGCGGCAUCAGGUGAUGCGAAGCCAUGCGGACCUCUACAUCGUGGGCAUCGGCCACAACGAGGAGGCGGACCGAUUGCUGGCGCGGCGACUGGCUGGGACACUGGAGCGAGGAGGCUUCAGCUGCACAGGCGACCAUGAAGCCCCAGAGCGCGAGCCCGGCCGCGUGAACAUCGCCGAGACAGAGUGCCGCUGCGUCUUCUUCGUGCUGGCGCCAGGCGUCCCCGUGGAUGCCGCGGUGGUAGCGCAGCUCCGGGGCGCUGCGGCGGCGGGGAAGUCCGCGCGGGGCGUCUACGAAGCCGGGCCCAGCGCCUGCCAGGACUUGUCUGAGUGGGGCCAAGCCAUCCCCAAUGCCUUCAUACGGCCAGCAUUGCCCAUCAGCCGCUACUUCCCCCGGGUCUCUGAGCGCCUGGUGCUGCAGGCGGCCUAUGAGGAGCUGCUCAGAGCUGCGCCGAAGCAGGUGGAAGCCGACGGUCAAGCGGACUACAUCAGAGGCUUCACGGCGGAUCCAGGGGGCCGCUUCACUGAUCCCCCUCGCGAGUUUCAGUCGUUGAUGGCUGGGGACGAGGGCCAGGAUCACUCGGACUUCGCCCAGCUGGCCAGCCUGAACUGCACUCAGUGGAUACAAGUGCGGGACUUGCGCCUGGUCUUGGGUGCAGAAGACAGCACUGAGACCUUGAGGUGUCUUCUGGAGGAGAAAGCCUCGUCCAUCAUGUCCUCAGCAACGAUGCUACACGGCUCUGCGAUUCGGCCGAUGUACUUAUCUUUUCUACCAGGCGACGUGCGCACCAUGCCGGCCUGCUGCGCCACUCCAUCACACGCCACGACCCCUGCGAGCCACUGCCAAACGCCCAAGAGCACAGCUAGCCGGCAUGGCCCGAUGGUCUGCAAUGUGCCCUCUGAGAAUCAGCUGAUUUGCCUUGAGAAGGCGCUGCACCACCUGCCGGGCGGCCCGGUGGACAGCAUGGCCGUGGGCUUCGGCGUGGUGGACGGCCACGAAGGCCCCGGGUUUCCGGAGCUCCUUUUGGCCUCUCACAUCGCCGUGCUGGAGAACGGCCACAAAGGCACGCCGAGCCUCUCCCAGCACUUGGAGGGCGGUGAGCUCUUCAUUGAAGCCGUGAUCGCCAUCAUCACCGGCCGGCUGGCGAGUUGCAGAGAAAACCAGCUGGAGGACCUGGAUGCGGCUCUAGGUGAAGAGCUGGAGCCAGGUAUGACCCUGAGAGAGCUGGUCGCCACAGAUUCCGAGGGCUCCGGAAAUCUGAUCAACAAGAUCUGCGGCCACGUGCAGAUGAAGCCCUUUCGGACGCCGGAGGCUCGGGCCUGGUGGCUGCGGCACUGCCGCCGGGCGCUGGAGACGCAUCCGCUGCUCCAGGGCCGCGCCUACCGCCGGACCCUGCUGCAGAAUUGCGUUUCCACCGACUCCCUCAGCAUCUCUCCGAGCAUCGCGUCCUUCCAGCUGGGUGCCCAGGAUCUGAUCAACAACGAGUGCGCCAACGCGCUGGCGGACACCGUGAAGGUCCGCGUGGUCUCCGAGGCGCCCACGGAGAUGAACAUGGUGAAGACGGGAGAUGCGGAGACGGACACCUUGGAUUGGGGCGAGCAAGUCAACCAGCAGCGGCUGAAAGACUUGCGGAAGCUGAUGCGCUGCCUCUUCCAGGCCUUUGACACAGAGGACCCCAUGAUGAAGAACAGCCAGGUGCCAAGCUUCACCAGCAACCGCCGACAGAAAUAUCGUGGUUGGCAAUGCCUGGUGAUGCUGAAUAAAGCCGUGCAUUCCGACAUUUUCGCCAUCACUUUUGCGGUUCUCACCAUCUAUACCCUUUUCGCUCCGAAUGUCUUACUGCUCUUCGGGCUGAGCACGGAGUACACCUACUCAGUGGCCUUGGUGAACACCAUCGUGCUGGCCUUCUUCCUCGUGGAGACCUUCCUGAGCUGCGUCUUCAUCAACGGCUACAUGCGCUCGGGCCGGGUGUUCCUGGACAUCAUGGCCAUGGUCAGCCUGACGGGAGACACCCUGCUGCAGGCCCAGCUCUACCCCUCCGCCGAGGCCUCGGUGGCGGACUCGCGCAUCACGGGCCGCUCCUCGCGGAUCUUGGAGAUCCUGAAGUUCGCCCGGCUCUUCCGCAUCGUGCAGCUGCUGCGCACGCUUCACGGCAUUGUGUGGCGGAAUUUCUUGCGUCCACAUCAUGGCCUGGCGCAACAGCUUUACCACAAGAGGUUGUGGCGCGUGUUCCAGGACCUGGACGAGAAGAAGACCGGGAAGCUGCCCCCCGAGCAGCUGGACUUCUUCGUGAUGGCCAUGCGCCUGGAGUUUCCUGAAAAGAGGGUGGCUCCUUCACGUUCACGCUUGAAAUUUGGCCGGAAGCCGCAAGAGCCAGCCAGCUUUGCCAACCGACAGUACGGGACUAUGAUGAGCAUCAAGCCCGGGGCGUUUCAACGACUGAACCAGCUCGGCGCCGUUGCUGCCAUAUGGGACCUGCACCCCAAGACGAACUGCGACGGAACCUUCGCCUCCGUCAUUGACGAGUUCCGCGUGAGGCCAGAGGGCAAGCGGGCGCUGCAGAAGUGCCAAGAGGAUGUGUCGCGAGUAAAGGCUUCCUUCUCCUUGGUGCAGAAGGUCAGUGGGCCAGUGGUGGUGAAAGUGUGCCUCAUCGUCUUGGGCGUCAUGGGCAUCGUCAUUUUGCUUGAUGCCUCGCUGGAGGACCAUGGGGACUAUCAGCACCUGGCGCACUUGGACGGCCUGGCCGGUUCGAGCGCAUCCGUGGUCUCACAGGGGCCCUCGGAGUUGCUGUGCUCGGCGGCCCUGGACUUUGCCAACACCUCGCCCCACCGAGUGCUGCUGGCGGGCAUCCGCCACCUGUAUUGGACGCCUGGGUCCUGCGUCUGGGGGAACAACACCAUCACCUCGAACCAGUGGCUGGAGGCAGCGCGUGCAGCCAUGGAGAUGCAGGACUUGCAGCCACACGAGUUGCAGCUGGUUUGCUUCCCCAACGAGGACUGCACAGGCACACCCACGAGCGUUGCGUUGCUGGACAAGCACGUGUCUGUACGUGGAGACGCGCAAUCAGACAUUGUUUACCACUUUGUCGUUGUGUGCCUCAUGGUUGUGUUUGCUCUGGCGUUCAUGCACGCCCUCAACAAGGUCAAUACGCGCAUGUUGCACCCGCUAUGGAACAUCCUCGACGACAUGGCUUCACUGCGCUCGCUGGAAGCUGUGCGGAUGACCAACUUUCAGCCGGCAGACCAGAUGCUGAAGGACCUGCAGCAGAGCGGGAAGAAGGGCCCUCUGCGCAGGCUGCUGCGCUAUGGCAAGCGGAAGGUGAAGAACAUGUUGGAUGACACCAAGGGGUCAGACGAUGUCAAGGAGCUGGCGGAUCUGCGAGGCUCACUGUCAACCAUGCGGGCGGCACUCCGUUCGUGGGCCAAGUAUGUGCCGCCCUACUUGUUGAAAAGCUUGUACAGAUCCGGCGUCGAGGCAACUGUGGGCUUCCACGAAAACGAAGUGAGCAUCCUGUUCUGCGACAUCGAUGGCUUCAAGGAGAUGUGCAGGGACCGCACCCCGAAGGAAGUGCUCAACCUGCUCAGCUUGGUCCAUGGGGAGGUCUCAAAUGCCAUCGAGGCGCAGGCUGGAACACUCUUGGAGUUCGUGGGUGAUGAGGUGCUUGCAGUGUUCAAUGCUCCAAAUGAAGUUGUCGACCACGAAGAACAUGCCGUGGAAUCAGCGACUGAUGUCCUGGAGCGCGCGGACAAGCUCGGGGUCCGCAUGCGCUGCGGGGUGCACUCCGGAAAGGUCCUGGUGGGAAACAUUGGCUCGCAGACCAGGAUAAAGUUUGGUGUCCUUGGCGACCCGGUGAACGUGUCCGCGCGCCUGAAGAGCGCGAACUCCCAUUUUGGCACCAGCUGUCUGGUGUCCGAUGAGAGCUUGGAGGAGGCGGAUGACUUACAUAAGAGCUAUGUGGCCCGGCCGAUUGGCAACAUCAUCCUGAAGGGCCGGAAGAACGCGACAAAGGUUUGGGAGGUGCGCGGAAAGCGCUCCAGUGCAUCACAAACCUUAGCAAAGACCUAUGAUGCCCAUAGGCGCGCCUUUGAGCUCUUCUUGGCCCGGCGCUUUGGGGAGGCGCGGCCGCUGCUGGCGGAGGUAUGUCGCAGCCUGCGUGGCCGCUUGGGCAGCGUAGACAUCCCGUCCCAGCACCUGCUACACUUGUGCGACAAGUACCUCAAGGAGCCGCCUCCAGCGGAAUGGGAUGGCUCGGAGCCGAUGUCCAAGAAGUAGAUACUGAGGUUCGAUGUGAUGCUGCCUCCUCUCUUGCCUGUUGUUCCCGGGAUUGAGGCUCACGUAACCAGCCUCACAAUAGGCCGUCAGGGCAAGAAGUACCCUCGUCGAAGGGUACAGCUGACUCG